UUCCUAAGGUGAUAAAAGGAAGACUUAGUUAUAGCCUUAACAUGGUUAUUGAAACAGAUAUUCAUCAUGCAAGAUGAAUUUCUAUAUUUCUGGCAAGGUCUUUAGUCUUUGUGGCCUUAGACUCAAGGUAGGCACAAACUGGUAGUUGCUCUGCUCUCUUCCCGAAAAAAAAAUAAAAUAAAAAUCAUUGUUUGGCAAAACCAGGGAGAUCUGUGUGUCAUCCAUGUAACUAUAACCAACAUUGUUAUUUUGCAAAAUCUGAGCUGAAGGAAGCAUAUAGUUGAAUAAGAGGGGCUCUAGGAAAUAUCGUUGUGGGACCCUGCAGUUCAAUGCCUUGAUUUAUCUGCAGAUUUCGACAGAACUAUCUCUGCCGUCUAGGUCUGCCCUGAAACAGUUCAAGACAGUUCCAGUGAGACUAAGUCUUCAACCGUUCCAGGAGUAUUUUGUGAUCACUUGUGUCAAAUGCUGCAUUUAGGUCUAGUAAAACCAGGACUUUGCCUGAAUCAGUGUUUUGCUGGAUAUCAUCCAGAACUUUGAUGAGAGCAAUCUCGGUGCUGUGGUAAGGGUGGAAACCUGACUAAAGUCUGUCAAAACAACCACUUGUGUUUAAGAGCAGGAUUAGUUGAUUGAGAACAGCGUACUCAAUUAUCUUUCCAAAGAAGGGAAGAAUUGAAAUUGACCUGUAAUUUUUCUAGUAUGGAAACAUCAAGACUGUUCUUUUUAUGGAGGAAUGAUGAUUUAUGGGGUUAAUGAUUGAAGUUACUACUACUUACACAAGGCUUUUUUUGUGAAAAUGUUCACUAGGGCACCCUUCUUUGGAACCAAAUGAAGGAUUUUGAUCUUUCUUAUUGUAUGACAAGCCGAAUGAGCCUGUUCUGUGACCUUGUUCCAGGCCUUGUUACAGGGAGACAUUACAACAGAUAUUAGCACACCAUAACUCAUUUAUUCUUCCUUUCCUGUCUCUCCUCCUUCUUCUUUAGUCCCUCAUUCACCUCAUCUUAUCUCUAUGCAUGUUAGCUUGGUUUUGAAACUUCUCAUUCAAAUCAUUCAAAUAUAUCUAUCUCUACAGCUUCAUAGCCCUGAAUGCACAACCAAUUAAGGAAAGAGCUCACAGGACAUAACAAGGCUGGGAAAGCCUUCACGUAGAAAUGAUUCAGCACAACACAGGCAUGCAGAGGAGUCAGUGGCAGAAAGGCAGACAACUUCCAGCCAGCACCAGAGUGAUUUAUGGACAUAGCCCUGUGUCAUCGGGGGCGGAGUCAGAUGUAGAGAGCAGCAGCACUGAGAGUGAGAACUCCCAUACCCAACAUGCAGAGGUGGAGCCCAGACAAGGCCUGGCCUCGCCCUCCAUGCUGCGGCAGCGAAUCGCAGAGCUUGAUCAGCAGAGGGAGGAACUGAAGAUAGAAAUGCAGCUUGAGGUGGCCUUAUUGUGCGGGGAGCUACAGACUGAGAGGGAGCGACUUUGCAGACACAUGCAGCAAAUGCAGAAGCUGCAGGAGGAAGGAAAGCUGAGGGCUCCACAACGGCAGCUCAAGAAGCAGCAGGAGCGAGCUGCCCUGGAGCAGGAGCGGGAACGAGUGGGGGAACUGAAGAGGCACUGUGAGGAGAAGGAGGCGCACAUUUUGUCCCAGCCGGAGAGCCAGAGAGAGCAGCUACUACACCAGCUACAGCAAGAGAAAGAAGCCAUAGAGAUAGCAGUGAGGUGCUUUGAGGACAUGGAGUUCCGAUUUCUGGAGCGAGAAAGUGGGGUUGUGGAGGAGGAGGAAGAGAGUGACAGUGAGAGGGAGAGAGAGAUGUCACGCCACCAGCAUACGGUCAACACGGCUCAGGAGCGUGUCCUCCAGCUUGAAAAACAAGUGAAGGAGAUAGAAAGGGAAAAGGACAGAGAGCUCAACACACUGAGACAGGAACGAAGAGAGCUGCUGCACAGCUCUCAAAGGAUCCCGAAGGAGAAGAAAUCAAGUUGUGACUGGCUCAGCAUCUCAUCGUCUACCCCUUGUAUGAUCUCACUGAGCCCUCUUAGCAUUCACAGGGUAGCAGAGGACUCACCAAAGGAAAUGUCUAAUAUUCCCAAACACAAGAAUUCUCACCGAAACAAGUUUACUCAUAGACCUUCCUCUGGUCAAGGGUCUCCAAAAAUGAUCCCAGACAGUCAAGUUUCCGAGGAUCUUGUCAUCCCUCCUGUGUGGGCUUCCCAUCAGCAUGGAAACAGACUCACAGCGCAGAGUUAUAAUGACUGUGGGCUCAUCACUUCUUGCAACAGCGCCAGCAGCUCCAGGACAUGUAGUCCCUGUCUUGCUGUGCCAGACCUGCUGGAGAUGGAGCGAAGGCUCAGGGAAGCUAAAGCCGAGAGGGAGCGCUUACUGAGGGACCGGGUGAGAUCCCACUCUAGGAAUCCAGUGCUGUGGUCACUGCUAAAUAUGUACAAAAUAAAUAAUUACUAAAAAUGAA